AUGGUGAAUAUUAACUCGGGGAGCUGGAUUUGGAAGAGUAUUUGCAAGCUUCGUCCAAUGGCUCGGGAGUUUGUGGUUUGCAAAGUCGGUUCGGGGAUCACUUGUAAUUUUUGGAGUGAGAAUUGGACUAAUUUGGGACCGCUUAUUCAUUUAACAGGUGACUUGGGACCUAGAGUUUCUGGUUUACCUAGGAAUGCUUCAGUUGCAGAUGCUUUAAGAGAUGGGGUUUGGUGGAUAAAUGGGUCUAGGAGCAGGAACCCAAUUAUUCAGCUGUUAAAGAACUGUCUCCCUCUUUCUAGUGUGGUGAACCUUCAAGUGGAUGCUGAAGAUGAUCUGUUCAUGUGGAAGGUUGGGGGAAGUGAGGCUUCUGUUGGUUUCUCCUCUGCUGCAACGUGGAUCCACUUAAAUCCUGUUGGGGAAAAGGUUGAUUGGCAUAAGGCAAUUUGGUUUAAAGGCAGGAUUCCCAAGCAUGCUUUCAUCUCUUGGGUAAAUAUCAGACACAGGCUGCCUACUCGUGACAAACUUCUAAGCUGGGGACUUCAUGUUCCAUCUCUCUGCCUCCUUUGCAAUGCUUUUGAUGAGACGAGACAGCAUCUCUUCUUUGACUGUGUGUUUGCAGGAGAAAUCUGA